ACGCCGCGAGCAUCACCUGCUCCCCCCUUUUCAUCCGCGCGCGGCUCAGUCAACACGGCAACAGUAGGAGACCACUUCCACUCGCCACAGAUAACAUUUCCCUUUAAACAAAUUGUGAAUUGCAUGACCAAAAUAGCCGGUAGAGGACAACGGGAUGGCAAAGAAACGGUGUAGAUAGAGCCUGCGGAACCAGUGUUAGGAUAGGCGUGGUUAGAUAUUGCCAAAUGUUAUGGCCGGGUUAGAUGGAGCUACAGAUAAGAUUGCUAGAUAAACCCAGACUGAAUGCUCUGCAUUGGGCUCUGUGGAGGGGGAAAGGAGAAUACCUUGCAAGAUCUGGCAAAAACUAAAGACGUCAGCUUUUUGCUAAGUCUGCGAAGAAUCGUUUCUGACUUUUGCGCCGACUAAGUUCUAGAAAUUCGUCUCGGUUGCCGAGGAGGAAAUGGAGGAUGCAGCCUGUGUCCAUUUUUUCUUUGUAUCCGCUCCUGCUCCAAGAAUUUGAUUUCAGAGCGAAGCAAUUGCAUGGCAAACAGCCUCAAGAAAACCCCGAGAUAUCAACGCCCACAGGCGUUUCAAACUGCUCUGACCCACCAGGCGGAAUACAUUCAAUGCAUCAAUUAUCUGACUGUUUGUUUGUUUUCUUUCUUUACCAUCUAAUGACUGCACCUAUUUCUUCGUGUUCUCUAGACUCACAUGCUUAGUGGUCUAGCCUAUUGAUAACCAGCAAUGAGCGUUUGUAAAAGUGUUUUUUGCCAGACAAAAAGACACAAGUUCCAACAGGUUAGAAGAGUGAUGACCAUCCUGUUCCUUACUAUGGUUAUUUCAUACUUCAGUUGCUUAAGAGCCGCGCCCCUGAGAGAAGGCCCAGGUGUGCGGGGGCACCGAGUGGAGGGCUACCUGGGCGUCGCGGCGACCGCCGGCCGAGGAGGCCACGGGACUCCACAGAGUGGGGGCGGACUGCCCUCACUCUCAGACACUUUCGAGCAGGUGAUCGAGGAGCUGCUGGAGGGGGGGAAAGGCGGCAGCGAUCCGCAGGGGGGCAGCGAGGGGUCCCAGGGAGGGGGGGGUCCCGGCUCCGCGGGCUCGGCGGCGGCGGCAGUGGCAGCGGUGGCGGCGGAGGCCAAAGACGUCGACCUGUACGCCUCGCGCGUCAUGCUAAGCAACCAAGUGCCUUUGGAGCCGCCGCUGCUCUUCCUGCUGGAGGAAUACAAAAACUACCUGGACGCCGCGAACAUGUCUAUGCGCGUCCGGAGGCACUCGGACCCCGCCCGGCGCGGAGAGCUGAGCGUCUGUGACAGUAUUAGCCAGUGGGUGACCGCCGUGGACAAAAAGACGGCCAUAGACAUGUCUGGACAGACCGUCACCGUCAUGGAGAAGGUCCCCGUGCCCAAUGGUCAACUGAAGCAAUAUUUUUACGAGACCAAAUGCAAUCCGCAAGGAUACACAAAGGACGGCUGUCGGGGAAUAGACAAGCGGCACUAUAACUCACAAUGCCGGACAACCCAGUCAUACGUGCGUGCACUCACCAUGGAUAGCAAAAGGAAGAUCGGUUGGCGGUUUAUACGGAUAGACACGUCCUGUGUUUGCACACUGACCAUUAAGAGAGGAAGAUAGUGUAUACAAUGUAUAGAUUUUAUUGAGAGUUCUAAAAAAGAGAGAAAAAUAUCUAUUUGUAUAUAUACAUAACAGGGUAAAUUAUUCCGUCAGAUGAAAAUUUUAUGGACUGCAUGUAAAAAAGAUGAAGUUUAUACAGUAAAGUGAUACUACAGUCUAUUUAUUGAACAUAUUCAUGACCUUGUAAACAAUUAAAAAAAGAUCUGAUCAGUCA